AUGGCGACAGUACCUUUGUUCAGCCAAUUCCCCUGCAAAACCCUAGUUCAUACCUCAUCAAACUCUAAAUCCCAAUCAAAAUCUCCGAUUCUAGUGCCUGUAAAUCCAAUCAAUCGACGGUCGGAAAUCGCUGUUCAUCGGCCGGAUUUCAGAGUCCGAGCUAUAGACGCUGAUGACGAAUGGGGUCCAGAUGCGGUGGAGAGAGGAGGAGGAGGAUCUGUAUCUGUGGCGGAGAAAGCAGCAGAAGAAGCAAUCGGAUCAGUGGAAGAGACGGAGCGGUUAAAGAGAUUGUUAGCGGAUUCGUUGUACGGAACAGAUCGAGGUUUAAGCGCAUCGAGCGAGACGAGAGGAGAAAUCGGUGAGCUUAUAACUCAGCUCGAGUCUAAGAACCCUACUCCAGCUCCUAACGAAGCUCUGUUUCUACUCAACGGCAAAUGGAUUCUCGCCUACACAUCGUUCGUUGGUUUGUUCCCACUGCUCUCACGCAGAAUUGAACCGUUGGUUAAAGUGGAUGAGAUCUCUCAGACCAUUGAUUCCGAGAGCUUCACCGUUCAAAACUCUGUCCGGUUCGCUGGUCCACUCGCCACAACAUCCUUUAGCACCAAUGCCAAGUUCGAAAUCCGAAGUCCCAAACGCGUUCAGAUCAAGUUCGAGCAAGGCAUUAUCGGGACUCCUCAACUAACGGAUUCGAUCGAAAUCCCGGAAUUUGUUGAGGUUCUUGGUCAGAAAAUCGACCUCAACCCUAUUAAAGGGUUACUUACAUCGGUCCAAGACACGGCUUCUUCAGUGGCUAAAACCAUUUCAAGCCAACCACCUUUGAAAUUCUCUUUGCCUGGAGACAACGCGCAGUCGUGGCUUCUCACAACUUAUCUCGACAAAGACCUUCGGAUCUCGAGAGGCGAUGCCGGAAGUGUCUUUGUGCUCAUCAAAGAAGGAAGCCCACUCUUAAACCCUUAA